GGGGGAGAGGAGGAAAGGAGACAGAGAGAGAGAAAGCGAACACAGCGGGACCCGCCCCCCUUUUCCUCUGGCCCCCCCGCCCCCCGCAGCGAGGGCAGCAGGACCCGGUGGGCGGGCGUGUGGCCCCCGGGCAGCUGGGGGGGUGGGGGGCGGGGUCGGGGAGGGGGGAGGGGGGACAUGGCCGCGGUGCCCAACGGAGUAUCGGCGCCGCCAGCCGGCCCCGGCCCCGGCUUCAGCACCACGGACAGCGGCGGCGGCGGCGGCGGCGGGGGCUCGGGCAGGAUGACCGGGCUCAGCCCUGGGCACGGCCCCGGCCCCGUGAUCCCCAUGAAGGACCACGACGCCAUCAAGCUGUUUGUGGGGCAGAUUCCCCGGAACCUGGACGAGAAGGAUCUCAAGCCCCUGUUUGAGGAGUUCGGCAAAAUCUACGAGCUGACGGUGCUGAAGGACAGGUUCACGGGUGUGCACAAAGGCUGUGCCUUCCUCACAUAUUGCGCCCGGGACUCAGCCCUCAAAGCCCAAAGUGCACUGCAUGAGCAAAAGACCCUGCCAGGGAUGAACCGCCCUAUCCAGGUGAAGCCUGCUGACAGUGAAGGCCGAGGAGAAGACAGGAAGCUCUUCGUGGGGAUGCUGGGGAAGCAGCAGAGCGAGGAGGAUGUCCGGCGGCUGUUUGAGCCUUUUGGCCAGAUUGAGGAGUGUACCAUCCUCCGGGGCCCUGAUGGAACUAGCAAAGGCUGUGCUUUUGUGAAAUUCGGGAGCCACGCAGAAGCCCAGGCUGCCAUCAACAGCCUGCAUGGCAGCCAGACUAUGCCGGGAGCCUCCUCCAGCCUCGUGGUGAAGUUUGCGGACACGGACAAGGAGAGGACACUCAGGAGGAUGCACCAGAUGGCCGGGCAGCUGGGCAUCUUUCACCCAAUGACUGUGCAGUUCGGAGCCUGCGGAGUGUACACGCAAGCGAUAAUGCAGCAGCAGGCAGCUCUGAUGGCAGCCCAAGGAACGUGCCUCAACCCCAUGGCGGCCAUCGCCGCCGCCCAGAUGCAGCAGAUGGCCGCCUUCAACGUCAGCGGGCUCAUCGCCACCCCCGUGACGCCCUCAUCAGGUACGAGCACGCCGCCAGGCCUCGGCACCGGCACUGUCCCCAGCAUGGCCGCUCCCAUGGGGGUGAAUGGAUUCAGUCCCCUCACCCCCCAGACCAAUGGGCAGCCAACCUCGGACACCCUCUACACCAGCGGUCUCCACCCCUACCCAGCAGCGUACCCAGCCGCCUAUGCCCCUGUGAACACAGCCUUCCCCCCCCAGCCCCCGAUCCUGCCUCAGCAGCAGAGAGAAGGUCCUGAAGGCUGUAACCUCUUCAUCUAUCACCUGCCCCAAGAGUUCGGGGACGCCGAGCUCAUGCAGAUGUUCCUGCCUUUCGGCACUGUCAUCUCUGCCAAAGUCUUUGUAGACCGUGCCACGAACCAGAGCAAAUGCUUUGGGUUCGUUAGCUUCGACAAUCCAGCCAGUGCGCAGACGGCCAUCCAGGCCAUGAAUGGCUUUCAGAUUGGCAUGAAGCGGCUCAAGGUUCAGCUGAAGCGGCCAAAGGAUGCCAACCGGCCCUACUGACCCAGCCGUGACUGACUACAGACAGGCUGGAAGCCCUGCCCUGUACGAAGAGUGUCCCCCUUUUCCCACGUACAGUAUCCAAACUUGUAACUCUCUUUCUUUGCAACAUAUCACGCUGGAGGAAGAGGAGGAAGCUCCUGUCCUGGCUGCACUCAAGAGAGAGAGAGAGAGAGAGGAGAGCAAUUGAGAGAGAGAGAGAGAGUGUGUGUCGGCCUAAUUGUGUGGUAGGGCCUUUUUUUAACUAUGAAUUGAUUUUUGCUUUCUUUCUUACAAACAAAACAACCAACAACAAAAACAUGAAGACCAAGAGGCAACAGAACUGAACCCAUGGAACCAAGCAAGCCUUCAUGGAGGCCAGUGACCCAAGAGUCCUUGGGCUUCCUUGAGCCAGCCAGAGCUGUUGGGAAGAGACAGCUUGGAGCACUUGCUGCCCAGUAGUGCUGGAGGAGGUUUUGCCAGGACCGAUGGAGCAGGUAUCCUCCUGCCCAGUCUUGCAGGAGGAAAAGGAUCUAAACCAAAGCCAGUGAGAGGGGCUAAGGCCGAUGUCUUUGUUUUAUUUUUCGAUUGUUUGGGGUUUGUUUUUUUAAGUGAGUCUCUCCACAUCUGGAUGGAAAGAACCCAGGCUGACAAGAUGUUGAACGUCUAGAAAGAGAUAAGUAUUAAGAUCGAUCUAGCCCUCAUGAGCGUGGGGAAAGGCAGGGAAAGGAAGGCGGGAGAGGGGCCCGCUGGCCCUCUGGCUUACCUGUCUUCCCCUUAUUGGGGAAACAGGACUUACUUCUUUCAGUCAUAUCAUUCCUUAGAGUUUAGGGACCAAAGGACUAUUGCUUUUUAAGAAAAAAUAUAUCUAUAUAAAUAAAUUAAUUUUCAAAAACAAAACAAAAAGAGAAACAAAACAAGGUCAAGUACAGAAUCUCAGAAAAGCUGCAUUGAAAAAACCACAGACAAGGAUGGCUCUGGGAGAGGGGGAAGGUGGAACCUCCCUCACCCCCAAAGGCCUAUGGGUAGUAGGAGAGCUGAAGGGGCCUGGGAAAGGGGAGGCUGAGGGAAACUUUCUGCUGAGUAUUUCAUUCCCUGGUUACCCCCUCCCCUUUUUGCCCCUCACUUUUUAUGUGAAAUAAAGGACAUUGGACUUGUGUGCAAGUGAUAGAGGAGCCAUGGUAACAGUGACUCUCCCACAAAUGCAGUGUCAACCCCUCACCCCAAUAACCCUCCAAAGCCCAGUAAAUGGACCCUUUCUAUUCCCUGAGCCCUGGACCCCAAGUCCCAGCUUCCUGACUCCUCAGGACCCUGCUUCAUGACUCAUAUGAACACAAGCCUGGGAUCCUAAACUGGGCUACCCCUUGUUUCUUCCACUUGGCAUUUAUAGCCAGACUGGCACCAAUAGCCAGAUUGGCAACAUGGCCUUUGCCUUCUGGGUAAAGGGAGCUGACCCAGUUUUGUGGUGUGCACCAGUAAUAAUUCCUUCUUUUAUGCUUAUGCUUUGAGCUUACAUAUCCUUCUUAGUGCUACUCCCAUUACUCAGUAAUUCUAUAAUGACUUUAACCUCACCCAUAGACUAUUACCCCUAGCCUGCCUGGCACAUUGUGAGAAAGGGAGAACUGGCUGGAGGGAGGGACGGACAACACUUUGAUUCCAAUUUAAGUCAACAAACAUUUACUGAAUAUCUAUUAAUAUCGGCUAUGGGCAGAGCACUGUCCUAGGCACUGAGGGAGAGGCAAAGAGAAGACCCACUCCUGACUGUCAGAGUUAAUAAUAUUGUGAAAGAGUUUCUAAUCUAAUAGAACCUGAAAAGAAGCACAGUUGGGAAAGCUCCCUAAUCCUUAAGCAGGUUAAUAUCUGAAGGUUUCCACUCCCUCCCUCCCCCCACCACCCCAGGCACUUCAGUUCCAACUCCUCUACUACAGGGCCCAGAAAUGUGACUUUUUAAAAAUUAAAAAUAAAAAGGAGAAUUUGCUGUAUUGUUAGAAAGUACAGAAUCUAGCUGGUCAAAGAUGGAUAUUUGUCCAGGCCUAGGUGAGUCCAAAGGUGGUCCAAGUGGCAACCUCAGUUCCUCCGUCAUCUGCUGCUCUGACUCACUGACUAUGGGAGAAAUAAAAGUGCAGGGGAUGGGGAGAAUUCGGAAGGCUCUUCUUAGUCAUUCCCUUAUCAUAUGAAAGUUUCCUGAUUUAACAAAGUUUAUUCCUUCUCUGAUUCCAGAUCACUCACUAAAUCCCCUCCUCAGCUAAGGUAGGGAAAUAAGAAUGAGAUGGCAAGGAGGAUUUGACCAGGAAUAUCUGGCAAGCAGGUCUCAAGCUUUGCUUAGUUUAAGUAAUGUUUUUGUUCUUCUACUAUUGCUCUAAUGAAAGUUUUAAUGCUAACUUACCUUCGAGAUCAUAGCUCCCACCCUCCUUUUUAGGUGGCAAAGUUGAAGCUCAGAAGGGUGAAGCCCAUGCUCACACAAGUAACAAGGCAGGAUUUAAACCCAGCUUCUGGGCCAUCUCUUCUCUCCUAGGACCAAAAAAUAAGCCACAGUCUUAAGCUGGGCCAUGAAGCAUCUUGCCCAAUCCCAUCUGAGGACUGCAGCUCUGCCUCCUGAGUGUCUCACUUCCCUCCUUUGGCCUUAAUUUACUCCUGGCAGCUCUUCUCUCUGGCCCUCAGUUUGCCCACCUGUCAUAUAGGCUCAGAAUGUGUGAGAAGGGAUGCACCUCUGGCAAGUAAGGUUCUAUACCAUGUAUCUUGACGGGUAGGAAAAUAUAAUUUUCAUUAUUUAGGUUAUUUCAAAAUGGGAGUGCCAGAUUACAUGAAUCCAUAAAGGAAAUAAAUGUUUUGACAAAAUACUUUUUCAUUCCUCUAAAAAAAAAAAAGGCACCUCUCCUAUGCAACAGUGUCUCAUGGGUGCUUCUCUAUGGUGCUUUUAUACAGUGAGUUGCAGUAUGCAGCAGGUGCCAUUUGUUUGCUUAUAUAUGGCAGUGCACUGUAUGCUUACAUGCAGCAGGCGUGGUAUAUAGCUUAUAUGCAGCUGUGCCAUCUGUCCCUUCUCUAGAGCAGUGUAGUCUGCAGCUUAUGUACAGUGAGUGCCAUCUGUCUGCCUAUACGUGUGGUGCUGUCUGUCCGCUUACCGAAGUGGGACAUAGUAUACAGCUUAUGUACGACAGGUGCUACUGUCCGCUGACUUGGAGUGGGCGCUUUCAUGGGAGUAUAUUUAGCCCCAGUGCAGCCUCUUCCCUAGAAGGAUACUCCGCUCUCCCGGGCCAUCUGGCAUUCUGAACACUGAGCUUUGCCUGCUAGAGCUAGUUCCCCCUGAAAUGGAGCCCCCAAGGCAGUCUGCUUAGUCUGACAGCCGAGGUGUCAGGACGCGAGAUCCUUCUGAUCCCAAAUGUUGACAGGGCUGGACAACUGGCAGUGUAGAUGUCACGUCAAGCACAGAGAAGCCUGAUUGAGAGAACAGAGGGGCCUUUGGAGGAGAAGCAUCCCCAGGGUUCCCUUCCCCCAUUCUCCCAAGUUACAAAAGCUAAAGCUUAUUUUCCCUUACCUAUGGACCCUGGACUUUUCUUCAAAAAUCUUUCCCUUUUUCCACCAAAAAUACAAUUUUUUUCUGCCAAAAAAAAAAAAAAAAUUAUCCAGCUCUCUCUGUUAUCUUUCUCUUUUUCCCUUUUCUCUUUGUCUGUCUCUGUCUUUCUCUGUCUCUCUCCCUUACAUACACAUACAUGCACAACCCCUCUAUAGUUUCUCCAUAAUGCUGGAUCCCACAACCUUCACCUCAGUCCCUUCCUUCCCCCUGUUAUCACCAUUGUCACUGUUACGGGAAAUGAGAUUUCAUUCAUAACCUUGUUUGGCUUGGAAUACUGAGUCUGUACAAAUGCCCCAUCUCUAAUUGGGCCCUAAAAUGGGAGAACAGGGUAGGGCACAUGGCCCAGAGGAGAGAGCAGGGGACAACCCAAGGACUAUUUAGGGAGGAUAUAUGGAACCCCAGAAUCUCCAAUUUCUUUCAUAAUCAUUUUUAAUAGAUUUUCCCCCUUUUUCCACCUGCACUGUGGUCAUGAUUUUCCUCAGGGCAGGAGGAAAUCACUACAAAAUCAAAGCUGGAAUAAAAUUAGGGAAAGUAAAGGACAAUGCACUUGCUCAUACAUAUGGAUAAACUAGAAUCAUUGAAAUCAUGUCGCCUCUACCCCAAAACCUCUUCUUCAGGCUAACCAUCUCCAGUUCCUUUAACCAUUCCUCCUAUAACUUAAUUUUAAAUUCCUUUACCAAGAUAACCCACUCAGGACAAGCUCCAGCUUGUUAAUAUUUCUCUUAAAAUGUAACAUCUAUAACUAAACACAGUAUUCCAGAUUUGGUCUGACCAAGCACAAGUACAGAAAGAUGAUCACUUCUGUUUUCAACAUUAGACAAUCUGAACUCAGAUGUAACUUGAGAUCACACUAGCUUUUUUGGCAGUCAUUAUUGACAUAUUGAAUUUAUAGCCCAUGCAAAGCCCCUGUCAUGUCCCACCUGGUCCAUGCAAAUGAGACCAGGUGGCCAGGGACGAGUCCCUGCAUGAUAAAUGGAAGCAAGCUUAUUCUAGCUUCAGCCCUCUCUUUUGGCCUCAUCUCUUAUCUAAGAAUGGGAAAUCUGCCUGCUUAGUAUUGGAAUGUCCCCAGGCUGGGGUAGAAGCAAAAGACAUGGUCAGAGAUACAACCUUGUUUGCCAGAUAAACAAAGAUCAUCAUUCUUGGGCAGGGGUACAAAGGAGCUUUUGAUAACCAGGUAAAUAAACCACACCAUUAGAAAGAGUUGUAUUGAAAGAUCUUCUUAAGAUCCCUUUUUUUUAUUCUAGGCCCAUGCUUUCAGUCUACCUAAGAGAUAAUCAUUAUUUGCUCUCUUGUUAACCCAUACCACUUUCAAAUCUUUUUUACAUAAACAGCUAGACACACCCCCCCCCACAUUAGUAAAAACAGAACUUUGCAGGACCUUGCAUUUAUGUCAACAAAUGUAAUCUUAAUUUGGGCCCAACAUUCUAGCCUGUAGAGAUCUUUUUAUUGAUUCUGUCAUACAUUGUAUAGGUUCAUUUCAUCUGGAAACUUGAUUAAAAUGCCUUCUUUGUAUUCAGUCAGGUCUUGGAUAAAAAUGUCAAACUGGACAGAAGGCAUGUUCCUUUGCAAAUUGAUACUUAUCCAUUGACCAGUAAUUUUGGUUAUAGUUAGUUGUUCAUCCAACCAGAAAUCUACCUAAAAGUGCAACUGUCCACAAAUAUAUCUCAAAAAACUUUGUCAAAUGCCUUGCUGAAAUGUAGAUGCACUAUACUGAUGGUAUUUCCCUGAUUAUACCAGUCUAGAAACAGUUUAAAAAAAAAAAAAAAAAAAAAA